AUGAAAAUCAAAUCUAACGAUGCAUGCGGCUUAUCGGGAAAGAUUUUGUUCAUUUUGCCAAUACAUGGAUUCGACUUCUGUUAUUUGCCUCCCUUAGUCACCACUGUUAAUAUAUUCGACACGGGAGUGUUCCCCCAAUAUAGUACGUUACACACAGUAUCAGCUAGAAUAUUAAAUGGUAAUUCUGAACCAGGAACACAACGACGUUUUAAAGAGCUAAAAGAAAGAAUUAUAAAUUUGCUGCAUGAAGAUCAUGAGUCAUUCAGAGAAAGAUUUAAUGCGUUAAAACAGCAGAGAAUUUUUACAAAAGAAUAUGAUGUGUUGAUGAGUGAGUACAACCCUGAAGAAUUGUCCAGUGCAAUCAAACAGUAUCAUGACUUUGAAAAAAGAGUAAAUCACUUGAAGAAUAAUAAGAAUGAAAAAUUGCUCAAAAAUAUAAACGAUAAUAAUGACCUGGACAAUCAAUAUGACGAAUUAAAACAUGACCAUUAUGAAGGAACAAAUCGUCCAUUCGAUUACUUAAACGAUUCUCGAAUAACGCAUAGAGCAAGAAGGUUCAGAUAUCCCGAACGGCCUAGAAAGAAGCCUAAAGAGAAAAAGCAUAAUAGGCCAAAAAUAUUUAAAUAUCUAAACACAGCUAUUUCAAAAAUAAAGGCAAAGAAGCUAACUCCUUAUGUGGCUGCUUAUAAAAAUAAUGAAUACGAGCUCAAACCAAGUAGGAAAAAUAGAAGUACCAUGUAUCACCUGCAAAAUUUUAAAUUGCAGCUUUCAUUAUAUUCUCUAAAAUUGUUAAAAAUGAUUUUAAUGGUAUUAUAUUAUAUGGCUCAAGAAGUUUAUGGUUUAGUUUUUCCAUAG